GCUUUCAAUUUCUAUAAAUAGAGCAAUGUUUUCAGGCUUUACACGAAUCAUUGGAGAUCUCAAGCUAGCUAAGAAUGGAAUUUCCUAAUGGAGAGCAAUCUCGUGAGCUACUUCAAGCUCAAGCUCACAUAUGGAAUCAAAUAUUCAACUUCAUAAACUCUAUGUCACUUAAAUGUGCAAUUCAACUAGGCAUACUGGAGGUCAUCCACAGCCAUGGCCGUCCCAUGACCCUAUCUGAGUUGGUAGAUGCUCUUCCAAUCCACCAAACAAAAGCCAAGUUCAUCUAUCGCCUGAUGCGCAUCUUGAUUCACUCUGGUUUUUUUGUCAGGCAAAAGAUCUUGGAAAAUGAUGAAGAAGGAGGUUAUUUGCUCACACUGCCUUCUCAACUCCUCCUAAAGGACGAGCCCUAUAGCAUGACACCCUAUUUGGUAGCCAUGCUAGAUCCGAUUUUGAUAAAUCCGUGGCACCAUGUGAGUGAGUGGUUCCAAAAUGACGAUCCCACGCCGUUUCAUAUGACUCAAGGGAAGACGUUUUGGGAAUAUGCAAGCCAUAAACCAAAGCUUAACCAUUUCUUUAAUGACGCCAUGUCUAGUGAUUCCCGGUUGGUCACUAGCGUGGUGAUUAAAGAUUACAAGGGGGUGUUUGAGGGGUUCAAUUCCCUCGUGGACGUUGGUGGUGGAGUAGGGACAGUUGCGAAGGCCAUUGCAGACGAAUUCCCACAUUUGAAGUGUAUCGUGCUUGAUCUCCCACAUGUUGUGGCCGACCUCGAAGGGACUGAGAACUUGAGCUAUGUUGGAGGAGACAUGUUUGAGGCUAUUCCUCCUGCAGAUGUUGUUUUACUAAAGUGGAUCUUACAUGACUGGAGCGAUGAAGAGAGCUUGAGGAUACUAAAAAAAUGUAGAGAGGCGAUCCCAAGCAAGGACAAGGGAGGAAAGGUUAUAAUCAUCGACAUGAUUGUGCAAAAUCAAAAAGGAGACGACGAGUCAAUUGAAACACAACUAUUUUUUGACAUGUUGAUGAUGAUUGUGUUGACCGGCAGAGAGAGAAAUGAGAAAGAGUGGGCAAAACUCUUCUUUGAUGCUGGCUUUAGUGACUAUAAAAUAACUCCUAUUCUGGGCUUGAGAUCUGUUAUUGAGGUCUAUCCUUGAUGGUACCUAGCUCAUGUUUGCUUCAAUAAGAGCCAUAUUGAAGAGUGUAUUUAUAAUAAAGAAUAACUAGUGUAAGAUUGCUAUGUAACUUUUAGAAGAAGAUCUCAAUGUUAGAAUUUGUAACAAGUAUUAGCAGCAAGCAAAACUUUAGUUGAUGAUGUAUGAAUGUAAGAGUCCCUGAGUUUAUGAGUAUUCGAACAAUCC